CUGGUUUUUCAAACUGUUUCGAUUAGCCCGUUAAAUACAAAGCACAGCUUCUCUUUCUCUCUCACUCUGCCUUUGUUUGUGUGAGACAUGGCUUCCACUUGUGUCACUGGUUUUCUUGUAGUUUUGCUUGUUCUGCAACCUUGGAUUGCUUUAAGCUACCUUUUGCCCCCUGUUUUCCCUCCUGUCUUUGAUGAUGUGUGCAAAGAAGUGGUAUGUGGAAAAGGAACUUGCAAGCCAACAAAUCAAAGCGCUUUCAUCUUGUUUGAAUGUGAAUGCUAUCCUGGGUGGAAGCAGGCUAACUUUGGCCUUGCCGAUAACAGGUUUCUACCUUGUGUGGUUCCCGAUUGUACCAUCAAUUACUCUUGCAUGAAUGCCUUCUCACCCGUCCAAGACAAAGGGAGCAAAGCUAAUGAAUCAAUCUUCGAUCCUUGCCAUUGGACCAAUUGUGGAGGUGGCUUUUGCAACAAAACAUCAAAUUUAACAUAUAGCUGUGAAUGUGAAAAGGAUUAUUAUAAUAUUCUCAAUGAUACUUCCUUGCCCUGUUUCCAAGACUGUGCAAUUGGAAUGGAUUGUUCAACCCUGGGAAUAUCAUCUUCAAACAAACCUACUUCUGUAACACAAGUAAUGUAUGAUGAUGGUAUGAACCAUGCUACUUCAAUUCUACAAGGACAUUCUCUUUGGUUGAUAACCCUGAUGACAUUCAUGGCUAUGGUUCAGUGGAAAUAGACGGACUUAACUAUAUAUUUAAGGCUUACGACCCUGCAUUCCAGCUAGAUUCCAUAGAUUUCAUUGCUACUCCAUUGCUUUUGGUUUUCCAUUUAAGGUCUGCUGCCUGUUCCACUUGACCAGCAUUUCUAUGUAUAUAUAAUCAGGUCCUAUAAAUAAAUUACGACAUGAACAAGGAGGAGUAUGUUGAAUAGAUAUAACUCAGCACAGGACUUAAGAGUAGAACAUUUUAAGUAUAAGGCAUAUAUGCUUUUGUUGAACAUGAUUUGAUGAUCUAGAGUUCUAUUACCUAUUUUGAGAAAAUAAGACUGGUGUUGAUUUGUUAUGUUAAAUUGUUUCUUUAUUAACCAUAUAAUUAUUGGAAUAAGAAAUGGAAUUCAUUAACCUUCAAAAUGGUUGAUCUUUGAA